AGCGCGGCCACGGAGGCGCCGAGGAGGGGCGAGCCGCCGCCGGGUAGCGGCGUGCCGCCCGGGGAGAGGGCGCCGGAGAGGAAGCGACGGCGCGGCGGGGAAGGCUCUGCGCGCGAUGGCAGCUGCUUAGCCGGGCGGGCGCGGAGCAGCCCGGAGCUGUGGCUGGCCAGACGGGGUGGCGCGGCCGGGGACGCCGCGGCCGCAGCAGCGCCGCCCGGAGCGAUGAGCGUGGAGGCAGGCGAGGGCAUCACUUUCUCUGUGCCAUCUUUCGGCCCCUUGGGCUUCUGCACCUUCAACGAGGGCGCCAGCUGCCGAAGGGGAGGAGCGGCGGCGACGGUGGAGGGCGAGGAGAACCAGCUGCCACCGCCGCCACCCGGCAGCUUCUGGAACGUAGAGAGCUCCGCCGGCCCUGGCACCACCGGCUGUCCCACUGCCAGCUCCGGGGGCAGCGCCUCUCGGAACCGGGGCACCUCCGGUGGCGGGGGCGGCCGCCGGACCACCGUGGCAUAUGUGAUCAACGAAGCAAGCCAGGGGCAGCUGGUGAUGGCCGAGAGUGAAGCCCUGCAGAGCCUGCGGGAGGCGUGCGAAGCUGUGGGCGCCGCGCUGGAGACCCUGCAUUUUGGCAAAUUGGACUUCGGGGAAACCACGGUGCUGGACCGCUUUUACAAUGCAGAUAUCGCUGUGGUGGAGAUGAGCGACGCUUUCCGGCAGCCCUCCUUGUUUUACCACCUUGGGGUGAGAGAGAGCUUCAGCAUGGCCAACAACAUCAUCCUCUACUGUGAUACUAACUCAGACUCUCUGCAGUCACUGAAGGAUAUCAUUUGCCAAAAGAAUACUAUGUGCACUGGGAACUACACGUUUGUUCCUUACAUGAUAACUCCACAUAACAAGGUCUACUGCUGUGACAGCAGCUUCAUGAAGGGGUUGACGGAGCUAAUGCAGCCCAACUUUGAGCUGCUUCUUGGACCCAUCUGCUUACCUCUUGUAGAUCGUUUUAUUCAGCUGUUGAAGGUGGCACAAGCAAAUUCUAGCCAGUAUUUCCAGGAAUCUAUACUCUAUGAUAUCAGGAAAGCUCGCAAUUUGUACACUGGUAAAGAAUUGGCAGCUGAGUUGGCAAGAAUUCGGCAGCGAGUAGAUAAUAUUGAAGUCUUGACAGCAGAUAUUGUGAUCAAUCUGUUACUUUCCUACAGAGACAUCCAGGAUUAUGAUUCUAUUGUGAAGCUGGUAGAGACAUUAGAGAAACUGCCGACCUUUGAUUUGGCCUCCCAUCACCACGUGAAGUUUCAUAAUGCAUUUGCACUGAACAGGAGAAAUCUCCCUGGAGAUAGAGCAAAAGCUCUUGAUAUUAUGAUUCCCCUGGUGCAAAGUGAAGGGCAAGUUGCUUCAGAUAUGUAUUGUCUAGUGGGUCGAAUCUACAAAGAUAUGUUUUUGGACUCUAAUUUCACAGACACUGAAAGUAGAGACCAUGGAGCCUUUUGGUUCAAAAAGGCAUUUGAAUCUGAGCCAACACUACAGUCAGGAAUUAAUUAUGCGGUCCUCCUCCUGGCAGCUGGGCACCAGUUUGAAUCUUCCUUUGAGCUCCGGAAAGUUGGGGUGAAGCUAAGUAGCCUCCUUGGUAAGAAGGGAAACUUGGAAAAACUCCAGAGCUACUGGGAAGUUGGAUUUUUUCUGGGGGCCAGUGUCUUGGCCAAUGACCACAUGAGAGUCAUUCAAGCAUCUGAAAAGCUUUUUAAACUGAAGACACCAGCAUGGUACCUCAAGUCUAUCGUAGAGACAAUUUUGAUAUAUAAGCAUUUUGUGAAACUGCCUACAGACCAGCCUGUGGCCAAGCAGGAACUCGUGGACUUCUGGAUGGAUUUCCUGGUUGAAGCCACAAAGACAGAUGUGACCGUAGUUAGGUUUCCAGUAUUAAUAUUAGAACCAACCAAGAUCUACCAGCCUUCUUACUUGUCUAUCAACAAUGAAGUUGAGGAAAAGACAAUAUCUAUUUGGCAUGUGCUUCCUGAUGACAAGAAAGGUAUACAUGAGUGGAACUUCAGUGCUUCUUCUAUCAGGGGAGUCAGUAUUUCUAAAUUUGAAGAACGGUGCUGUUUUCUGUAUGUGCUUCAUAAUUCUGACGAUUUCCAAAUCUACUUCUGUACAGAACUUCACUGUAAAAAGUUUUUUGAAAUGGUAAAUACCAUCACUGAAGAGAAGGGGAGAAACACUGAGGAAGGGGACUGUGAGGGUGACUCCCUGGAGUAUGACUAUGAAUACGAUGAAAAUGGUGACAGAGUCGUUUUAGGAAAAGGGACUUACGGCAUAGUCUAUGCAGGUCGCGACUUGAGCAACCAGGUCAGAAUUGCUAUUAAGGAAAUCCCGGAGAGAGAUAGCAGAUACUCCCAGCCGCUACAUGAAGAAAUAGCAUUGCAUAAGCAUCUGAAACACAAAAAUAUUGUCCAGUAUCUGGGUUCUUUUAGUGAGAAUGGUUUCAUUAAAAUCUUCAUGGAACAAGUGCCAGGAGGAAGUCUUUCUGCUCUCCUUCGUUCCAAAUGGGGCCCAUUAAAAGACAAUGAGCAAACCAUUGGUUUUUAUACAAAGCAAAUACUUGAAGGAUUAAAAUACCUCCAUGACAAUCAGAUAGUUCACCGGGAUAUAAAGGGUGACAAUGUGUUGAUUAAUACCUAUAGUGGUAUUCUCAAGAUCUCUGACUUUGGAACAUCAAAGAGAUUGGCUGGCAUAAACCCAUGUACUGAAACUUUCACUGGUACCCUUCAGUACAUGGCACCAGAAAUAAUAGAUAAAGGGCCAAGAGGCUAUGGGAAAGCAGCGGACAUCUGGUCUUUGGGCUGCACCAUCAUUGAAAUGGCCACAGGAAAACCGCCCUUUUAUGAACUGGGAGAACCGCAAGCAGCUAUGUUCAAGGUGGGAAUGUUUAAAGUCCACCCAGAGAUUCCUGAGUCCAUGUCAGCAGAGGCCAAGGCAUUCAUACUGAAAUGUUUCGAGCCAGAUCCAGACAAGAGAGCCUGUGCUAAUGACUUGCUGAUUGAUGAGUUCUUAAAAGUUUCAAGCAAAAAGAAAAAGACACAGCCUAAGCUUUCAGCUCUUUCGGCUGGAUCAAAUGAAUACCUUAGGAGCAUAUCCCUGCCAGUACCUGUCCUGGUGGAGGAUACAAGCAGCAGCAGUGAAUACGGCUCAGUUUCACCUGACACCGAGUUAAAGGUGGACCCCUUCUCUUUCAAAACAAGACCUAAAUCCUGUGGAGAAAAAGACGUAAAGGGAAUACGGACCCUCUUUUUGGGCAUUCCAGAUGAAAACUUUGAAGAUCACAGUGCCCCCCCUUCCCCUGAAGAAAAAGAUUCCGGAUUCUUUCUGUUGAGGAAGGACAGUGAAAGGAGGGCCACCCUCCACAGGAUCCUAACCGAAGACCAAGACAAGGUCGUGAGAAACCUCAUGGAGUCUUUAGCUCAGGGGGCUGAAGAACCUAAACUGAAGUGGGAGCACAUCACAACCCUCAUCGCAAGCCUCCGGGAGUUUGUGAGAUCCACCGAUCGAAAAAUCAUAGCCACCACUCUGUCAAAGCUGAAGCUGGAGCUGGACUUCGACAGCCACGGCAUCAGUCAAGUUCAAGUGGUUCUCUUUGGUUUUCAAGAUGCUGUCAAUAAGGUUCUUCGGAAUCAUAACAUCAAGCCACACUGGAUGUUUGCCUUGGAUAAUAUCAUCCGGAAGGCGGUACAGACAGCCAUUACCAUCCUGGUCCCAGAACUGAGGCCACAUUUUAGCCUUGCAUCUGAAAGUGAUACUGCUGAUCAAGAAGACUUGGAUGUAGAAGAUGACCAUGAGGAACAGCCUUCCAAUCAAAGUGUACGAAGACCUCAUGCCGUCGUUGAAGAUGCUGUGGCUACCUCGGGGGUGAGCACGCUCAGUUCUACUGUGUCCCAUGAUUCCCAGAGUGCUCACCGGUCACUGAAUGUUCAGCUUGGAAGGAUGAAAAUAGAAACUAAUAGGCUGUCAAACCCCUCCCUUUUUGUGCAUGCCUUGCUCUCUUCACAGUUCUUGGCGGAGGAUUACACAUUAGUGGAUAUUCUCUACUACGUGACACGUGAUGACUUAAAAUGCCUGAGACUAAGGUACUACUUUCCUUUCUGUUGUCAUGAUGGAAAUAGGACUGGGCUGAAAUAA